AAAAACUUAACCCGCUGCUGAAACUGCUCCCUUCUGUUUGUCUCACGACCUACGUACGAACGCCCCGCUGCUGCUCUUAGCCAUCUGCCUAAGCGUCGUUGCUGCUCCUGAAGAUUUCAAAGAGGACGUCACAACAGACUGACGAAUUGGACGGAUACGCUGCAGCAGACCGACGACCUGGACGAAGACAUCGCCGCCGCUGCUCCCGCCGCUUCCACGAAGAUGACGCCGUUGCUGCUCCUGGCAACAAAGACGCCGCCGCCGCUCCGGACGACUUUGAGGAAGGCGACGCCACAGCUCCGGCAUUCCAUCUCCUUAACCACCGAUUGGUUUUAAAAUAUGGAAAAGUGCUUCUUAAAAUAUGAAAAAGUGCAACAGAUUGCUUCUUAUCCCAUUCAGAAGUCAUCCCAGGUGGUCUCUAGUCUUUUUCUUCAUUAUUAUCUAUUUAAUAAAUUUUAAAUCCUUUGGUCCCUUAUUUACAUCAAUGUUUUUUAGAUCAACCAAAUCACUUCUGUGAUGCUUCUUAGUGUUCUCUGCAAAAUUAUUUGAAGGAUGGGUCAAUCAUUUGGAUACCUUAUAGUGGAUCAGUCAACUGCAGUUGUGAAGGAGCACUUUGGCAAAUUUGAUUGAGUAAUGGAGCCUGGGUGUCAUUGUGUUCCUUGGUGUUUCGGUUACAAGGCUGCUGGUACUCUAUAUCUGCGUGUCCAACAGAUUGGUGUUCGUUGUGAAACUAAAACAAUGGACAAUGUGUUUGUGACUGUGGUGGCAUCCAUUCAAUACCGAGCUUUGGCUGAGAAAGCUUCUGAUGCUUUUUACAAGCUUUCAAACACAAAGUCACAGAAAGCUUCUGAGAAUUCCUCUACCACUGCAAAGUAUGGACACCCCUCUCAGACAAUUAAGGUCAACCAAACUGUACUUGUAUAUCAAACAGUGUUACAUAGCCACAUCUGUUGUAACUGUAAACAUGCAGACUGCUUUCUUUAUUUCCCAAGGUUUUAAAAGGCGUGAUAAGAGGUCUAACAUGCUUCUGGUAAUUGAAAAUGUGUUGUUUUUUAUCUUUCCCAUCUUAUGUAGUUUUGAUACGCUGUGUGCAUUAGCCCUCUCACAUGAUAUGGCCAGUUUUCUAUAUGCUUACUUACAUAGACAUACUGUGAUAAUAUCUUAGACUAUGUUGUAUUGCUUAUUUUUUUAAAAUAUAUUUCCUCUAUU